GAGGAUUUAUCUGUCAGCAUCACUGAGGGAGCAGAUUCACAGUUGACUGAGGAUGGAUCUCACCUUGAUGCAGAUGAUUCGAUUACAGAUCUACUGGAUCAUGGACACUCAUCUGACAGUGACAUAAGCGAACAGAAUAUGCAUUUCCAGUUGCAACCAAGCUCCAAAAAACAAAGAGCAGCUUCUGAGACUGUGACAGCACAAGGUCCAGGAAAAUCACAUCCCUCUCAUUCAACCCCAACAGACGUUAAAAAAACUCACAUUGGCCAGGGGCAGGACACCAACACAAGUGAUCAUGAUGAAGUCUGGAAUCAUCUCCAGCCUUUUAAUGAGUUCCCUGACUCCCUUUCUUUUUUUCAAAUUUGAUUGUAUGAAACAAUUCAAUUGUCCAUCCCGACUCCAAAAAAAUUAACUAUGUCCUAUUUUUUAUGGCAUAAGCACUGUUAUGUUCCCACACAAAUGAAAUGGCCUACAGUGCUGUGAAACACUUACUGUACCGACAGUAAUCUUAGUUCACGCCUUGUUUAUUUAGACCUUCAUUUUGCCACAGCAAUAAUUAACAUCACAUUGCUUAUGCUACUGCUUAUAUGCAAUUUAAAUAGCAAAAAAUCAAAAUAAUAGCUGAUGAAAACCUGAGGAAUUCCUCUGUAAGUUAUCAUUUUACUCUCAAGUCAGGCAUGUUUGCUUCCACACAAUCUCAAAAUUCUCCCAUUUUAUAUCAAAUUUCUAUAUCAAAAUAUUUUUCCCAAACUUCUAUUUCUAAUGUAUAGUGCUAUGUCAUGCACAACUUGUCUUAAAAACAAAUAAGUCAACGGAGUCCCUUUGAAUUGGUUCCUGGGAUUGUGCAGCAGCACAAAUACACAUUGAUUUGUGACUUAAUGAUGCUUUUCUGUUUCUGUAAUUUUAGAGGUUUUUGUCUUCUUUUCCAUUUCCCAAAAUGUAUUUGGAUUUUUUAUGACUAUCUCAUGGGUGUUUCUGGUUUUAACUAGAAGAUAGGAUGAUGUAGAAGACUAAUUUAGAAAGACUUAUAUAAAUUACAGUCUGCAAUCACAUCAUAGACUUUAGGGUCAAAGUGUCUCCUGUAAUUUAAUACAUUAUGUUUCAUUCUUCAGAGUGCUGAGAUGAAUGGAGUGACUAUGCAGGCUUUCCAACUCCCAUUGCCCUCAGCUAAUGACCUGCCUACACUAGCUGUGCAGUCCAUACAUGGGGAGGCAGUGCAAACUGCACAGGACAGUGGACUGAGUCUUUUACCACAAGAUUUGCCCUCACAUUCAAGCAGCCUGCUUUCCCCAUCAACCUCACUUGACUACCCAGGAAAUCCUGAGAGCGCACGACGUGCAUCAAUUUGCAGGAUAAAGGUUGUUGAAGAUCUUUUGGCUGUAUUUAUGGACAGCAGCAUAAUACAUUUGACUCUAAAGAUGGACUUUGUAAAUGAAAAAGCUAUUGAUGAUGCUGGAGUGUCAAGGGAGGUUUACACUGCAUUCUGGGAACAGUUUCUUGAACAGUGUGAAGGGGAAACAGAGCGAGUGCCAAGGCUGAGGCCAGAUUUCUGUGAGGCUGAAUGGCAAGCAGUUGGACGGAUCUGGGUGAAAGGAUUAUUAGACCACGGUGUCAUGCCAGUGAGGCUAUCAAAGGCUUUCAUUUUAGCCUGCAUCCAUGGCAUCGACUCAGUUGAUGUAGACAUCCUGAUGACAUCAUUUCUCAACUACCUUCCUCCUGUUGAGAGAUCAGCUGUUGAGAAGGCUCUCCAGGGCACAAUGGAGGAAAGUGAUGAAGAGGACUUGCUUGACCUCUUUACAAGGAUGGGUUCCCAUUUCCUACCUCCAAAGAACAGUGUGCAACCUGCCAUAGAAACAAUGGCUCACAAAGCCAUUCUACAAGAGCCAAAAUAUAUAGUUGAUUGCUUCUCCACACCCAUGGCACUUGUACAGCAGAAACUAUCAGACAAGGAAAGUGUGUUGUCUCUGUAUGAGUCAAAGAAAGCCACAGGCAAAAGAGUAUUGCAACUGUUUGAAACAACAAAGAUGGUGCUGUCUCAGAGAGAGCAGGCAACCUUUAACCAUCUCCAACGUUACGUGAAAAAUGCUGACCAAACCAAAGCUGAAAAAAUCCUGCGUUUCUGUACUGGUUCCUCUGUCAUAUGUGUUGACAAAAUUAUGGUAUGCUUUAAUGCUGAAACUGGACUAAACAGAAGGCCUGUUGCUCAUACCUGUGGUGCUACCCUUGAAGUACCAUGCACAUACAGCUCUUACCCUGAAUUUCGCACAGAGUUUGACAACAUCCUGUCCAGUAACUAUUUUGAAAUGGACAUCCUGUGAACUUGAGAGCAGUCCUGAUCAGGCCCCAUAGUAAUGGCCUCUUUAUUGUUUGGUUGAUUAUAUUUUAUUUAUAAUGAUUUACUGUUUUUGUUGUUUGUUUUGUCAUUGAAACAUCUGAUGCACUGAACUGUGUGUAGAGCAGUCUGCAAUUCUAUUUUAUUUUUGUGCAAUAGUACACCACCAUAGUUUUCACAUGGAUUUAAUUUUUUAAAUUAUGCUUUAAAAAUGACUGCAGCUUUCAUUUCCAUCAGUGUGACCCUAACAUGAGCUUCAUGGUUAAGCUUGUUGCUAAGAAAGAUUACAGAGUUGUCCAUCACUGGUGGAAUUGUGAAUUGUUGGUGUUAACGUGUUAAAGAGUCAUACUUGUUAAAUUGUGAAUUGUUGGUGUUAACGUGUUAAAGAGUCAUACCUGUUGAAUUGUGAAUUGUUGGUGUUAACGUGUUAAAGAGUCAUACCUGUUGAAUUGUGAAUUGUUGGUGUUAACGUGUUAAAGAGUCAUACCUGUUGAAUUGUGAAUUGUUGGUGUUAACGUGUUAAAGAGUCAUACCUGUUGAAUUGUGAAUUGUUGGUGUUAACGUGUUAAAGAGUCAUACUUGUUAAAUUGUGAAUUGUUGGUGUUAACAUGUUAAAGAGUCAUACCUGUUUGAUUAUUCAGGGGAAAACAUUUUUAAGUUAAUGUUUACAAAAUCUACAGGCUGGUGUGGCCUGUGUGAAAUGUGGCUUGGAAAGGCCUAAUAUGCUCAAUUGGAUUUCAGAAUGAUUAUGUAAUAUUUACGUUAUACUACU